AUGGAUGUAGGUAUGUCGUCGUCUCUUACUCCCGUUCUUCUCCCGCACACGUACCUCUUGUAUUCGACUUAUCUGCCCACCCCCGCGCGGCAUCACGCCCACUCUUCCUCAUUCAGUCCUGCUCUCGACCUGCUCGCCCAACCCUCUCGACCCGCUUGCCCGACCCUCUUAGCCCGCUUGCUUACUUGCUCGCUCUCGUGCUCGACCCGCUCGACACCAUGCCCACUUGCUUGUGUCGUCCACGUCCCCUCCGCACAUCGUCUGCAUUGCCCAGACUCCUACUCGACACAUUCGGACUUCCUGCUUGACGCCAUGGGCACUCGUGUGCUCGAGUGCUGGCCCUGCUCGACUGUUGAUCCCACAUUCGCCCUCGUCCCCUCAGGUCCACGCGCCCACUUUCGCCGGCGAUUCAUAUCCAUCCACACUCGUCUCCUCGACACCACUCACGCCCAUCUACUUGCCCUCUCAAUCCCCUCGAUCUUCAUGCCAUUCUAA